AUGGCUGAACAACUUCAAUAUGAAUUACAAAAAUUGGAUCCAACUUCAAUUAUAAUAAUUACUUCCAAAGAAAUUAUUUAUCAAGGCAAAACUCAAGUAAUGCAAGCCCCUUUGAAGCUUACUGAUACUCAGAAGAUUCGACAAAAAUUGCCUCUAUAUAUCAAGGACCUUCAGAAACCUAUUACAAGUGCUAGCCUACAAGACAUGAUAGAAGUUUUUGGCCAUUCCUGGGAAGAUAAG